AUGGUCCGUAAAUUAAAGCAUCAUGAAAAGAAACUCCUCCGAAAAGUCGACCUCUACACAUACAAAUCCGACAACAACCACCGCGAAACCACCAUCCGCCAACGCUACCACCUCCAAGACCCACUAGACUACAGAAAAUAUAAUGCCCUUUGUGGCUCCCUCCGCCAACUUGCCCACAAGCUCUCCGCCAUGGACCCAGAGUCGCCUUUCCGCAAGGAGAUCGAGAGCCAGAUGCUCGAGAAACUAUGGUCGGUGGGGAUAUUAAAACAGAGCCGCGAGCAAGGCGCGGGCUUGAGCAAAGUGGAAAACGACGUCACCGUGAGCGCAUUCGCGAGACGGAGACUGGGGGUUGUCAUGACGAGGAAUGGAAUGGUGCAGCAUGUGUCGGCGGCCGUCAAGUUUAUUGAACAAGGCCACGUACGAGUAGGUACAGACGUCGUAACCGACCCAGCAUUCCUGGUCACAAGGAACAUGGAGGAUUUUAUUACAUGGGUCGAUUCGAGCAAGAUAAAACGGAAUAUUCUACAAUAUCGGGAGAAGAUGGACGAUUUCGACCUUUUAUAA